UUUUUCUCUUCAAAAUUUCUCCCUUGUCCUUCCACUUCCUGUCAGCUCUCGUCCCCUCCCCCCCUCUAUAUAUAAGGAAACCCUAUCCUUUCCUCUAAACAGCUCCACCAACUCCCUGAUCACCUCUCACCUGAUCUCUCUUUCUCUCUUCAUUAAUGGAGGAUCUUAUGAUGAGGAAACGACCAGCCUUUAUGCCUAGUUCAAUCACUCCUGCAUCACCACUAACCAUGCAUAGAGAUUCACACACAAUAGACAAAGUCAAGCCAAAGGUACGCAUAAUUCACAUCUUUGCUCCUGAAAUCAUCAAGACGGAUGUUGCAAACUUCAGAGAGUUGGUGCAAAGACUUACAGGGAAACCAACUGUUCAAAAAGGGGGUUGCAAGAAGAAAGCAAGAAGCGCAAGAACACAGGAUCAACCAAGAAACUGCAACAACAACAACAACUACUUAUGUGACAACAAGCCUGUUAUGACCAAGAAAGUUGAGCUAAGGAGCGGGUUUGGGAGUACUUUGGGGUCUAGAGAAAGAGUUAAAGAGGAAGAAGAAAUAUGGAAUGGUCCAAAUUCAGGUGGGUUCUUAGGUGGAUUUACAGAUUUGGAUGGUUUCAUUCAAGAGCUUGGUGAAUUUCCAUUGCUGCCAAUGGAUGCUAAUCACAUGCAAGGGUUCGGGGAGACUCAACUUGCCUAAACGAUCCUUGCAAAUGCUUGAUUACAUCUGGCUUUUGUGUUUUUUUGGGAUUAUAUAAUAUGGAUCUAAUUUAGAUAUUGGUUUAACUCAUGAAUUCUUCUGCUUAUUAAUUUGUUCAUUUUUCUAAUUCAUUUAUCUCUAUUUAAUCUCUCUCUUGAUGUAAAUAAAGAGGAAAAACUUUCUCUUUUUAAAUUGAAGAACAGAAAUUGCAUUUUCUUAUAUAUAUAUAUAUAUAUGCUUCUGCCAUGUGUGGAUGUAAUAGAAGUAAACUGGAGCUGCUCCUUUUUUCUUUUC